UAGAUGAACAAUAACAAGUAUUUGCUUUUUUGCGUGUUUGACUGCUUGGUAUGUAAAUAAUUAAUUGUUUGUUGCGGAUGGAACCGGGGGAAUAAUGAUAGUGCGAUUUUACCACGAAGAGCUGGAGCGUUAAGUAAAAAUAUUUCUUUUUGUGUGCGAAGUGUUUUUGAGUAAUGUAUUUUACGCUAUUGACUUGUUCCGGACUCCAAACCACAUUUAUCAUUUAAAACCUCCAGGUGAUUGAACUCGACCAAGCAACUUACAAAAAAAUAUGUCCGGAACAUGCUUUAGGAAAAGGGGCGUGUCGUCGCGGCCGAGCCGAGCACAUGAGCAGUGAUCGUCGGCUGCCGCUGUGCGCGCCUUCGACGCCAUGGUGGUGAGUCGAAGCGAUGCGAAGCGCAGGCGCAGAGAAGGCAACGUCCUGGACACCUCGCUGAGGGAGAGUCCGAAGAGGGCCAAGGUGCACGCGCAGCGCAAGUUCGCGCAGGGCUCGUCCAACCCCGGCAGCCUGGCGGUGACGCCCGUCAAGGACAAGGAGCAGCGCGCCCGCAGCAACGGGGUGGCGGCGGCCGCCGAGCUCCUGCCGUCCAAGCGGCCCCGCACCGAGGACUUCCUCACCUUCCUCUGCUUCCGAGGCACGCCGCUGCUGCCCGCCUCGCUGGACCUGUUCAGCGUGGCGUCGGCGCCGGACGCCGCGGAGGAUGAUUCGGCCAGCGCUCAGCACGGGGAGGGCAGCACGGCGCGCGGGAGCAGAGCGACGCCCUCAGCCCCCCUCCCGCGCGCCUCCCGCUCCAACGACCGCGCCGGGGAGACUGCUGCGGGGCCGGGGGGCGGGCAGCAGGCGGACGCGGACUGCCGGCGACGGCCCAGCACGGCCGUGCAGGCGCUGCGCAGGAAGUACCAGGAGCAGCGCCUGGCCAAGCAGAAGGCCGCCACGUUGCGCAAGCUGGCGCAGAAAGUGAAGGGCAAGAACAUGAUCCGCACGAGGUCGUCCACGCUGAAGGAGCAGGCGGCGGGGACGCCCGCCCCGACCACGGCCGGCCUGCCCCCUGAGAGGCCCGGCCGCAGCGCCGAGCGACGCAAGAAGCUGCCCGCCCCCGCGGCCGGGCGCCCCGCCGACAGGAGGGGGGCCACUAGGGGGCGCGCCAUCCUGCAGGGGAGCCCCCGGGACGCGGGCGAGGGACGCAGGAGGGCCGGCCUGCGCAGCGGCAGCGCUCCCCUCGCCGAGGACUCCGCCCCCGCGGCGGCCCACAGGGGCCAGCGCCCCGCCAGGUUCCCGGACCAUGCGGUCAGGAGAGACAAGGACAAGAUGCCGGUGAGCACGCCGUCUGACUUCUCGUCUGACGACGACCAGCCGCUGGCGAAGAAGGUGCGUCCGGCGGAGAGCGGCUCCCGCAAGGUCGCCAAGCGCAUAGUGCGCAGCGCCAGGCGGGUCAAGUCGCGCAUGAUGACUCGCUCGCGCGUGCAGCGCGCGGGCGGCGCGGAGGAGCCGGCCGCGCCCAGGCUGCCCCAGGCGAGGCCGACGCGCAAGACCAAGGAGGCGGCGGCUCUCUACAUGGAGCUGCUCGGCAAGAAGCUGGCCAAUCCCGACGCAGACCUGGACGACGACUCCCUGUCCCUCGACAGUUUCCCAGAACUGCCAAACGCGAGGCAAAAUGAGCGCCGGGAGAACGAACUGAAGGCGAACGCCAUGAAGUUGUUGGAAGCGGGUUUCCGCAAGGCAGCUCCGAAGGUGGCGGACGCGAAGGUGGUUCAGCCGGAGGGGCCAGCCUCCAGGACCGGCGACAGGAGCAGGAAGGACGAGAGCUUCGCGAGGAACGCCGCCCACAAACAGAGGAGGCCGGCCGACGGCUCGGCUCCCGUCAGGAGCAAGAAGGUCGUGGCGAGGAGAGACAAGUUCCACGGACGGGGCGCAAGAGACGAAACCAAGAACGAAGCGGCGGAGAAGACAAACGCGCAGUGCGGCGACGCGAGGAAGGAGAAAAACGUGCACGGUGAUGCGUUGAAGAAAUUCAAGACCGCAGAAAGUGAUCUCUCGAAGAAAGAGAAGAAACAGCUGAGCGAUCCCACGAAAAAGAAUAGGCGCGAACAAGCUGGGUCAGAGAGGAAGAAGAACUCCUUGCUAAUUGAAAUGGAAACAGAAGAGACGAUGCAAAAAGAUAAAUUGUCGAAAGAAAAGCAAUGUAGUGAAAGAGGAAGAAAAGAAAAGCCUCAUAAAGAAACACGUAUUCAAGAAAAGUCUUGUAUUGGAAAAGAGACAAAAGAAAAAUCACACAGUGAAAUGGAGAUGAAAGAAAAGCCACAAAAUGAAACGAUGAAGAAAGAAAACUCGCACAAUGAAAUCGAGAAGAAAGAAAAGCUUGUGCAAAACGAAAGUUCAAAGAACCAAAGUCACCAACAAGGUUCUUCGAAGAAAGGCUCGUCACAAGACAGUUCUACCAAAAAUGAAUGCUUGCCUGAAACUGGAAAGAAAAAUGAUUUACCAACAGGAAGUAGGUCUAAAAAGGUACUAACUGAAGAAGACGUGGUUGAAAAUGCACCAAAGAUCAGCGUCGAGAAGUGCGUCGGCGAAAGCCGGUUUUCGCAGCGUCGCAGCCAGCGCCGAGGGUCGCAGCAGUUGGAAGCCGCUGCGGAGAAGGUAGCCGUGCAGAAGUGCACGGCGACAGCUGAGCCCCUGACAACGCCGUGCAAGGGCGCCGUGCUUGCCCGCGACGCAGCAGACCCGUUCGAGGACAAGUUCAGCGAUUCAGACGAAGAGCCGCUCGGGAAAAUAGCUUUGAAGAGCGCUGUGGGCUUAGAAUUUUCUCCUUGUUCUGAAAAGAAUGCAGAUGCUGUGGAAGAGAAAGCAGUGUGCAGAGGCGUGAAAAUCGCUGAGAAAAUACUGUGUGAUGAAAGUUCUUCUCUUAGCAGUGUGAACAGUUAUUUAAUCGCUCUUUCAGACAGAAAGACAGCAAAGAACGAAGUAUCAAAGAAAGUACUUAGCGAAGAAGAGACUUCCCAGCCCACGUGUUUCAAAAGGUUAAAAAAUCGGGAAGCGAAUGACGACUCAUCCGGCAAACCGGAAGUCAAGAAGGGAAAUAAAUUGACUUCAGAAAGAAAGGACAGUGUUGGUGUUGCUCAUAAAGGUGUUGCAAAAAAGAAUGUUUCGGGAACAGGAGCAAGGGAUGAGGCAGAAAUGAAGGUGUCAGGUACAGUGGAAAAUGCAUUAAAAAAAUUGAAAGGUGAAAGCAGUGGAGCUGCCGUCAUGAAAAUCCCUUUGGUCAGUGUCAGCAGCAUCGAUCUCAAGAAAGUGAUGAAAGUUGGCGGUGCUCACGAGUCACUGACUAAUACUUCUUUGGUGAUUGAUUCUGGAGAGUGUUCGGUGGCCGACGACAGUGCUGACAAGUGUGGUGAAACCUUGAACAAAAGUGACAUUGGAGUAGCUGGUGAACUUCAGCCAGAAACGAAAAAAGAACUUUCACCAGAUAAAACAUCAGGCAAUGCAAACAUAGAAAUUCAGUCAUCACCUUGCACACUCACGAAAAUUGGAGGUGGUUUUGGUUUCGAUUGUGAGGCGGGCACUAGCAAGCAGGAUUUGGAAGACAGUAGUACAACUCUGCCGAGAAAAUGUGAUCUCUCCGAGUCAUCCUUGAGUCUGUCGUCCAGGAAGAGGAAGCAGCACUGCACGGUGAGUAUAGAACGGUGCUCCUCGGUCUCGAAGGGCGGGAAGCACAAACUGUUCAGCAAGCACAGGAACAGGAGGAAGCAGUUCCGGAAGAGCGUCCCCGCCGGCGCGCCGCAGGAUCGAGCCGUGUGCAAGAUGGAGUUCCCGUGCAGGAGGAACACGCUGAAGAAGCACACGAAGCGGGUCUCGAGCAAGACGUACUUCGAGUUGAACACGUUCACCAAGGCGCACGUGUUCUCGCCGGGCAAGGGCCGGCCCGCGGAGCGCCCUUCGGACCCGGGAUCGUCGGGCAGGGUGGAGGGGGACCGUGCGGGGUUCUUCGCGUCGUCGCCGCUGAAGACGGCGAGCCCCGGGCCGUCGCCCGGCAAGAGGCUGCGGUGCAAGGACCUCAAGGGCAAGCGCAAGGUGAACAUGUCCACGGAGCAGAUCGAGAAGUGGCUGAACGAGAGCUACAUCGAGGACGCGCAGGAGGAGAAGGAGUGCGGGCUGUGCUCCAAGACGGACUGCAAGUGCUCGGCGUCGUCCAUCGACGAGGAGCUGGCCCACCUGUCCCAGUUCGCGAUGGAGAAGCUCACCCUGGGGAGCGGGUCGGAGUGCGACGCCUUGGAGGACGGCCGGAAGAAGCCCGGCUCCAGCGUCGACGGGGCGUCCUGCUACCUCCGGGACGCGGGCGACUGUCUCGCCGACAACGACGAACCGGGGACACCAGACGGGAAGCCCGGUCCGCCCUCGGAGCCGGAGCUCUCCGUCGAAAAGGCCGACCCGGUGGCGCAGGUUACCAAAGAAGCGGAUUUGGAGCUGGAAUCCUUGUUCGACAAUUCAUUCAGUGCGAUCGAAAAUAUUAAUGACUCUGAUAAAACAAUCUCCAUCAAGUGCUUGGAUGUCAUCGGCGAAGAAAAUGACGUUCCUAAAGCAGUUGUCGCAAGUCUGCACGAGGAGACAGUGCAGACCAUGGCAGUAGCGAACGGGUCAGUUGUAAAACCUGGUGAUGUCUGCGAGAUACCAGUUAAUGUUUCUCUUGAAUCCAACUUAAACUCUACCUUGCCGUCGGCCAUGAGUGCUGAAGUAUCGACUCAACAGGAAGUCCUGCCGCCUUUGCAAUCGUUCACCGCACCAGAACAACAACAGUCGUUUGUCUCGUCUCACAUUUCGCUCCCGACCACCGUCUUCUCUUAUUCCAAUCAGGUGAGCGCGCAGCCUCAAAACCCGGUCGUGUCGUGCCAUCAGGCGGUCGCACCGUCGAGCGGGCAGCUGGUCUCCGCGCACGACCCGUCGGGCCUGCAGGCGGCGAGCCUCGUGGCCCCCUUGUUCCAGCAGACGCAGUCCGUCAUGGGCCACCAGCCCGUCGUCUUCAUAACCUCGCAGUCAGGCAGCACGGCAGGGGCGAUGGCCCAGCCGACCACCUCCCAGCACCUCGUGGGGCAGCCGCUCCACAAGGCGGGCGACGUGCCGGGACAGCAGAGCAGCUCGUCCCUGAUGAUGGGGCAGCAGACCAUGAUCUCAUCCAUUCACCGCUCCGCCAUGUCCUCCUUCCACCAUGCGGUGAGCCUGCCCUUCCAGGACCUGGCCCAGUGCGUCGGCUCCGCCGCGGGACAGCCGACCACCCGCACCAUCGCGCUGCCCCUCCAGCAGCCCCUGGGACAGCUGUUCCAGCACUCGGUGAACUCGUCGUUCCAGCAGGCGGGCGGCGGCAUCAUCAUCCAGCAGGCCGGGCCGUCGCAGCUGCAGCAGUCGCUGGGGCUGCUGCAGCCGUGCCACCAGGCGGUGGCGUUGCCGCUGCAGCAGCUGGCCUUCCUGCCCUUCAAGUCCGUGAGCCUGCAGCUGCAGCAGCACCAGGCGGUGCCGGUCCAGCUGUUCCACCCGUACGGGCCCGCGGAGCGCCGCGCCCAGGAGCCCAAGCAGCUGGUGGGCGUGCUGCCCCGGCCGGAGGACCCCGCACCGGCGCCCUCGGAGCGGGAGGCAGGCCCCGCGGAGCCCAUCUUCCUGUACAGCUCGGGAGCGACCCAGAGCCCUGCUGUGCCGUUGUCUGGCGUGUUUGUGGACCUGCAGUCGACUGCCGUGCAGGAGCAGGCUCGUGCCUCCGGGCAGCCGGCCGUGUCCGCGCCGUCGGAGACCUCCGGGUGGCCGGAAACUCGGAGCGCCGACUCCGUGCCGCCGGCGCCGGAGGAGACGAGCGAGUUGGUUACCACGACAGCAGCGCAGUCGGUGUCGUUACCGAAAGAAUCGCCGUUUGGAAUGUCGGGAAUCCCAUCCCCUGCGAUGCCAGCGCAGUCGAGCGAAGAACAUCCUGAUGGUAGCGUUAUUCUGCAGCUGGUUCAUCAGCCAGCGGAAGGGAAGGCUUCCGCGCCUGAACCAGUGGCGGAGCUUGCAACACCAGUGUCGCUGGCAGAACCAGAGUCACCCCAGCAGCCCGUGCAGUCUGAAGUUCCGGAGGAAUCUCGGACCAGUUCAGAGGAAUCGAAAAAGGUUGAACUGCCAGAAUCUCAGCCAAACGCAAGUGUUCCUCAGUUAUCUACCGUCCAACAGUCAAACAUUCAAUCAAUGACUGAUAAAGUUAUUUGCGAUUCUGCCACGGCUGAAGAUGAUGGGCCGCCACAAAGUUUUAGUGCUGCCUCUCAGGCGGAUUUGCUCCAGCAUCCUGAAUCUGCCGAACCUGCCGAAUCUGCGAGUACUGAACUGCCAGAACAGUUGCCCGGUGAGAAUAAAGAGACUGAUGAUAAACCUUCCGAAAACUCUUCAGAUGUCACUCCUGCCCCGACACUCGGAUCUGCCAGCGACUUGCCUGCCGAGAUAGGAAAUGAGGCACCAAGCAAACUUGUUCACGCUCAGCCAUCAUCGUCGUCAUCAACUUCAACAUCCGAGGGACCAGUUAAAUUGUCUAGCAAAACCGUCAAGAAUGUUCCUGGGAAAGACUCUAAUGUCGCAUCGAAGAACGAAAAAAUCAGUGACAAACAUGGUGUACAGAAAGCAGCCAGUUUGAGAGUUGUGCGGAUCAGAAAAGAGUUGGAUAAGGACCAGCCGCCGGAUAGGAAGAACCCGGGGAGGGGGGUCGCGCAAGGUCAGGGGUCGGGAUUGCCGAGCAUCUCCGAGAAGGCAAAGUCGUCCAAAUUCUAUUCGAAAUUGAUCUCGCAGCGGGGGUCGUCGUUCAAGCUGCUGGGCGAGAAACCGGGCCGGGGCCUCGUCGGGCGGAAGGAACACGCGUCGUCGGUCUGGAAGCAGCACGCGCUCGAGAGGAAGUCGAUAUUCCAGAGGAGCCGCGCGACGGCGCAGAGGCCGAGCGAGCCGAGGCGCGCCGUCCCGAGCGCCGACGCGUUCUCGCCCGAGGACGAGAGCAGCGUGUACGCCUUCAGGACGGAGCCCGAGCUGCCGCCCGUCAGCACGCCGUUCCGGCGGCGCGCGCGGGACAGCCGCGCGUCAAGCACCGCGACGUCUCGGUCCGAGGAGGACCUGGCGAAGGCCCUCGACGACGAGCUGCCGACGGCCGCCGACGCGCCGGAGGCGACGCGUGGGAGCGCCUCCAUCGCCGUGCAGGUGAACCUGGACAGCGAGACGUCCCCUGAGCCGGCCGUCGCCGUCCUGGAGCCUCCGCCCCCGGGCCCCCCGCCCCAGCGCAGCUCCGAGUGCUCCACGCAGACGGAGGUCCCGGAGGAGGACGACGGCGACGGCCACCUGUUCUACAUCCCGCUGCAGCGCGCGGGGGACGCGGGGGCGCGGAGCGCGGCGCCCGCGCGCCAGCUCAUCCAGGGCGUGACGGUGAAGCUGGGCACGGAGGGGGCGGCGGGCUCCAACCAGUGCGUGAUCAUGCGCGCCAAGCUGGUCACCAAGCCGCCGAGCUUCGGCCGAGCCCCGGAGCUGCAGGACGCUGGCACCCGCCGAACGCCGCUGAUGCCCCAGCACCCGCGACCCUCCAACAUCCUGACGGUGGAGCAGAAGUUCUGCAGCGCGGCCGUGCCGCCGCUGGUGAGCACGUCCGGCACGUACCCGCCGGUCGGCACGGUGCAGCCCACCGCGCGGGCGCGCCCCCCCCGCCGCCGUGCCCCGCGCGGAGCCCGGCGACAAGGCCGGGACGCGCGCCGUGUCGGACAGCGGCUCGCAGACCCCGGGCGGGACGAGCCCCCCCCCCUGGCCCGCGCGGCCACGGGCCGGCCGCUGCCGCGCAGCAGGGGCGACGCGCUCGCGCCGGACCGGCGCCCGUCCGCGGAGCAGGCCCCGUCGUCGUCCGCCCAGAAGAGCACGGCCGGCAGCUUCAAGCGCGGGCUGCAGAAGUCGAAGGCGGCGCGGGCGCGCGAGGAGAGCCACGCCUGGUCGCCGGCGAGCGCGGCCAAGUUCCCGUCGGUGGGGGGCCGCGCCCAGCUGGUGGAGGCGCCCACGUACCGCCCCACGGAGCGCGAGUUCCAGGACCCGCUGGAGUACAUCGACAAGAUCCGCCCCGUCGCCGAGAAGUUCGGCCUGUGCCGCAUCGUGCCGCCCUCCACCUUCAAGCCCGAGUGCAAGGUGACGGACGACAUGAGGUUCACGGCCUACAACCAGUACGUGCACAAGAUGCUGCACCGCUGGGGGCCGAGCGUCAUGGAGAUGGCAGCCAUCAAGAAGUACCUGGCCACCCAGAGCAUCUCGCUGCUGCACCCGCCCCUGAUCGGCGGCAUGGAGGUGGACCUGCCGCGGCUGUACCAGACGGUGCAGAGCCUGGGCGGGCUGAAGGACGUCAUAGAGAGGAAGAAGUGGCAGCGCGUGGCCGAGGGCAUGCGGAUCCCCAAGUCCGCGCAGGAGCGCGCCUCCAAGCUGGACGACAUCUACUGCAAGUACCUGCUGCCCUACGACACCCUGUCCCCAGCGGAGAGGAGCCGACUGUUCGCCGAGGUGGAGCGGGAGUGGCAGGCCGCCGAGGGGGCUGGCUCGGGCUCCUCCCGGGACGGCUCGGCCACGCCCGACACGGCGGAGGAGGAGCCCGACGACGCGGGCGACGAGAGCCAGGAGUGCAUCGUCAAGGGCCGCUCGAUGCCGCUGAACGCCUUCUACCGCAUCGCCCGCAACACCAUGAGCAUGUGGUUCCGUCAGCCGGAGCCGGCCGCCGCCGAGGUGGAGCAGGAGUUCUGGCGGCACGUGAUGGCGCGCGAGCGGCACGUGUGCGUGCACGCCGGCUCCAUCGACUCCAGCGGCCGGGGGUACGGCUUCCCCGUGUCCAAGAACAGCCCCUUCGCACGCCACCCCUGGAACCUCAAGGUGCUCACCAACCACAGCGGGUCGGUGCUGCGCUCCAUGGGCCCCGUCAUGGGCGUGACCGUGCCCACCCUGCACGUGGGGAUGGUGUUCACGACGUGCUGCUGGUAUCGCGACCCGCACGGCCUCCCCUGGAUCGAGUACCUGCACACCGGCGCCAGGAAGAUAUGGUACGGCAUCCCGGACGAGUACAGCUUCCUGUUCCGCGCGGCGCUCAGCAAGCUGGUGCCGCGCUACUGCCGCAACAAGACCAUCUGGCUGCCCUCGGACACGGCCAUGGUGCCCCCCUCGCUGCUGGUGAAGGAGGGCGUGUCGCUGUGCCGCACGGUCCAGGAGCCAGGCCAGUUCAUCCUGGUGUUCCCGCGCGCCUUCACCUCCUCCAUCUGCGCGGGCUACCUGGUGUCGGAGAGCGUGUACUUCGCGCAGCCCAGCUGGCUCACCACGGCCGAGCAGGUGUUCAAGGACAUCCAGGAGAGCUGCGAGCCCUCGGUGUUCUCGCUGGAGCGCCUGCUCUUCAGCAUCGCCACGGACUCGCGGUCGCAUGUCGACGUGCUGAAGCAGGUUCUGCCGAUGGUGACGCGCAUCCGGCAGCAGGAGCUGGACCGGCGUAAGGAGCUGCUCUCGCUGGGGCUGAAGAGCUCGGAGCGCCUGCCGCUGCCCGAGCCCGGCGCCAGGCGGCGCAACAAGCCCCGCACCGCCCGCGACGACGACGGCGACUACGAGUGCGAGAUCUGCCGCGCCAACCUCUUCGUGUCGCUGGUGACGAACUCGCACGAGGAGGGCGUGUACUGCCUGCCUCAUGCCGUGCAGUUGCUGUCCAGGGAAAGUCACCACCUCAAGUUCUGCAAGCUCAUGUACACGUACGACCAGUCGGAGCUGAACGAGCUGGUGCGACGACUGGAGGAACGCAUCGAGGCGAAGAGCCAGAGGAGACCCAUGGCCAAGCACUCUUCCUCCGGCCAGAAGACGUAGACGCGUCCUCCCCACCCCGUGUCCUUAGCCCCUCUAACCUCUCCGGACACGCGAUCAAAGAGAUAUUUUUUAUGUUGAUGAAAUAUUUAUGAAAAUGUUUUAUAGGUAGGAACCUAAGUUUUUAAUGAGUGUACAAAAAAAAAUAAUUCUGUACAGUAGAUAGUGAUUAUUUUCGUACAUAUAUAUAUAUAUAUUUAUUGUGACAGCUUUUUUGUAACCAUUGGAUAAUUAACUUAAAACCAAACGUCUAUUUGUACAAAUUUUUACUCUCUUUUUUUAUGUUUGUCAGACAUUUUAGAAAAUGAUUAUUGAUAUUGUGAAGGUGGCGUGAGAGACGCGGGGAGGUAAUUGUUACUAUUGCUGUGAACUGUGAAGAUAUUAACGUGGUAGACUAUCGCAGGUCCGAAACUUCGUGCAGUACACAGUCAUGUUUUUCUUCGGUGAAGUUUUUUUAAAGGUUUUUUAAAUUUAAUCUUUGAUGUUAUAAAUUCUUUUAAAGUUUUAAGUGCAAUAAAAAAUUUUAAUGAAAGAUUUUUUUAACUGUGAUAUUUUAUACAGGCAGUCACUGUCUCAUGAAUAUAAUUCUUUGUUUAUAAAACAAGAUGGUUGAACGUUAUGGAACACCGGGGCGAUGUAGGACUCCAUGUGGUCGUUGGAAGUUAUACCACGAGUCUUGACGUUUAAAACUUUUAUGGACGCAUGCCACGGUUGGUUUUCACUGUAUGUCAUAGAGAAACCACAAGAACCGACUGUUCUCUGUGAUGUGCAGGAAAAACCAGCAAUGGCAUAAGUCCAUAAAAAUGUUUUUAAAUCAAUCUUCCCGAUGCAAGACUCAUUCAUUGAACGCACGAGUCUGGCGGUUGUGUGUAAUUUAAUUACUCGAUACUAAUACACACAGUAUUGAUUGAUAUUUUAGAUACGGUUUUGUGGUAUUUUUCAGUAAUUUCCUUUUUUUAAAUUUUAGUUUUAAAUAGUUGCAAACAUUUUUUCGUCAGUGCUGUUACCAUUUGUAAGACAAAGAGUGAAAAGAAAGAGCGACACACAGCAGGAUUCAAAAGGGGAAAAAAAAUGCACUUGUUUUAGUUGAGCUUACCAUCAGUUACCAUUCGCUGAUGCUUCUUUUACGUAGAUAUUUCUUCUAAAUUACGAUCACUUGGAAUUGUUCAUUAUCGAUAGAUAACAUAGAUAAGAAUACUGUGAUGUGGGAUCCGACUCCAAGAAAGUCUGGGAUGGGGUGAGAGGAAUAAGUUGCGUAGUGUAUAUUUUAACGAACUAUCAGCGUCGCCAGCCGGGCUCAAUCACCAUCUGAUUUUCACAGACAUAUUUUGCAACAUCAAUUUUCAGCGGUUUACUCUGGAAAACUGUGAGGUUUUUACGUAGAAAUAUGAGUUUAUUUUAGAUGUGCGUAAUUGUUCAUUUUAAGAACAAAACAAUUCUUUAUAAGGGGCAUUUUCAAGCUUUAUCCUGUGUUUAUCUUCACCAAAUUACAAAAACUACACUAAAAUAAGCAGACUGCAAAGACACAGUGAUUACAUACAGCAUGCAAUGGUCUGGCAAUACCACACACUUCAUUGUGAGUCACUGGGUUAAACAUGCGAGCGUGGUUCUGUACGAUACUAAAACUGCUCACGUAACACUGCCAGAAAUUUUACGUGUUUCGUCAACACUGCGCACUCAGUCAAACGGUGUGAUGACUUUCGUAAAAUUAGAUUCUAGAAAAAUUUGAUUGUGUACCGGAAGUUGUGACUGCUUUUACUCCGGCUCGACAAGACUUUUAUAAUUUAAUUUUUUUUUUUUUACUGUACUUGUAUGUUAUGUUUUAACUGCUGCUGAUGUGUUGUGAAUUUUGAUUGUUUUAUUAUGUUAUUGUUGUGUACAUACUUUCAUGGAUUAAGUGUUGGGUUGAUUCCAAAAA